UUUACAGUAACUAGUAAUGUCGGAAAUUUGAAAUCGCGAGAAACAAAAGUCGAGAAACUAUAAAGUAACAGAAGUAAUCAAACGCCAUUUCAUCAAAACUCCAAUCUCCUUCACAAAUCACAACCCUACUCAACUCCAUUGAUACAGCGCAGAGGUAGGAGAGAGAAAUGGGAGGUCCAACAACGAAGAGAAUGAUAUCACAAGAAGCAUUCGACGAAGUAGUCAGAGAAAACAUGCAAGAUUUUGAAAUGGAAGCUGCUGAAGCUCUUCAAGACGCCAUUGAUUCUCUCACUCUUCAAGGCGUCGAUCUAUUUGGUAUCAUCACUUGCGUGCCUGGUGAGAGUUCGGUGCAGGAAAAUCCAGUGAUGAAAUCACUAGAUAAUUUGAAGAAUCACUUUGCGAAUUUUGAGAAUGAAGAGGAGAGAGAAUUGCUGGAAUUGCCGCCAUUGUUGCUUAAGUUUGCAAAUCUUUGUGAUUCUAAUACUAAUAUUACUGAUUCUGAUGCUGAUAAAAGUUUUUCCGAUUCCAAUGCGAAUGCCGCCAUAGCUGUUAGGAAUGGAGGAGUUGAGUUGAUUACAUCAAUUUGUGGUAAAGUUUCUAGUAGUGGAAAUGAGGAGAUUAUUGUUUCAGCACUCCAAGCUCUCACUUCUUUGCUUCGUGAUGUUCCGAGCGCUCAAACCUUUCUCAAGUGUGGUGGUCCAGAUAUCAUAAUAGGAUUAUUGAAGCAGGAUACACAAAAUGCAGAGUUGUUAAAUGGCUGCUUCUCUGUCAUUGCUGCUUCUGCUACUGGGAAUGAGAUUCUUAAGGAGUCAUUUAUGAAUUUGAAAGUUGAUCAACUCCUGAUUAACGCAUUGAAGGGGCACAAUAAAGGCGGCAUUCCUAGUCUGUAUGAUGCUAUACGCAUUUUAGUGACUCCUGAUGAUUAUCGUGUUGCUGCCUCUCAAGUUUAUGGUUAUGCUCGGCAAUUUGCAAAAGUUGGAAUUGCUGAAGCUCUUGUGGACUCCCUUCAUGAAGGUCUUACGUCACCCACUUUAGUUUCAGCUAGUGUUGCUCUGAAGGCUGUUGUUGUGAAUGAUGAAAUUUGCCGAAGUAUAGCCGACAAGGGUGGUGUUGAUGCUGUUCUCCGAUGUAUUGAUGACAGUGGUGAACAACUGAACAAGUCUGUAGCCCGAACAUGCUGCUCAUUAUUAGCUAAGUUGGCAGGAAGUGAUCACAAUAAGAGUGCUAUAGUGGAGAAAGGAGGUAUGGAUAGAUUGGUCAGGCUCUCUGGAAGAUUUGCAGAUGAGCCAUCUGUGAUACAAGAGAUUAUGUAUAUUAUCAGUGUGCUCUGCUUAAGAUCUCCUGAUCAUGCAUCUCGUGCUAUCGAAGCUGGAGCAGGAGAUCUGGCAAUCCGGACCAUGCAGAAAUUUCCUGCUGCACAGCUGCUGCAGAGAAACGCCUGUCUAAUGAUACGAAAUCUUGUGGUCAGAAACCCUGAAAAUAGAAAAAUUUUACUUGAUAAUGGCAUUGAGAAGAUUAUUAGAAGGGCUAAAGAAAGCCAUGAAAAUUGCAAGGCUGCUGCAACAGAUGCUCUACGAGAUUUAGGGCUUGAGAACUACAACUUAUAGUUAUUUUAUUUCUGAUUUGGCUAUACAAGAAAAUCUACCUCGAGUUCGAAAGAAAGUCUUAAUGAGAAGUAAUUUUUUUGUUAUACUAGAUUAGGCAUCUUGCUGUUAAUGCAUGUUUUAGUUAUUUGAGGAAUCAGGCAUAGAUAUUUUAUUUAUGAAUGUACAUGUGCAUCAGUGCACCUACACCUGAAGCUUCUACACUUGACGUGCUGGUGAAUAGAGAAUUAGAAGUUCAGAAUACACUUGUGUUUCUAUUUGGUUCUUUUGUGCUGCUGCAAGUAAUUUCCAUGUAAGUAAGUUUUGUUCGAUAUGCA